AUGCUGGAAACAGUGGCAUGGCAGAAGGUGGAUAGACAGACUAGCCGGAUGUCAACGACAGAUGACCGUAUGAGGAAUGUAAGCGUGCAUAAGACUGACUCGUCUGCGAUGACAGCAACUUACGAUUCGGGCACGGCUGGGACCGAUGAUGGAUUAGCGUUCACCGGUGCCCACCAGUGUCGAUCCAUCAUCGACAAAGACAACAGCAUUUCAGCCACCGACACGAUGUCGUGCAUGCAUGCGCGACCUUAUAAGCCACUUUUGGAAUAA